AUGGAGUCUCGCCGUCAAGAGCAGAAGACCUCGGGAAAGACCACCAUGCCUGAGCCCCCAGCGGCGCCCGCCAAUACCACACCUCGUGCUAUGAAGAAGGAACGCACUGAGGAUAAGCUGCACCGAUCUUCAACGAGAAAGAGCAACGGCGAGACAAAAGACAGCAAGGCCAAAGACGAAGCCAACACGCCUCUCCACAAACGCGUCAAGAAGCUCGAGGUCAAGGCGAAGAAACUUCGAUCCGAGAACAAGAAGCUUGAGAAAAGAGAGCUCGAGCUCGAGGCGCUCCUCCAGACUGCGCGGGACGAGCUCAAGGCGGAGGUCGCCAAGAGCAAUCGCAUGCAGCACACGAACAACGCGCUGCAGAAAGCCCGCGAUGGACUCUUCAAGGAAGCCGAAGACGCCAAGGCGAAGCUCGAGGAGCAGGCGACCCACGUUGAGGAGUUGAAGUGGGAGUCCGACAAGCGAGAGUUCGAGAGUCGCAAGUUCAGGACGGCGCUCUCGGCGGCUUUCCACCUCCUGACGGCGCUGGAGGACCAGACUACGCUUAGAAGCUUGGUGGAGCGGAUCGAUGGUUACUUGCGAAUCAAGCUGGCCCGCCUCGGCGGCAACGCGUAUAUCGCGGCAGCGGCGGCAGAGGAGGAUGAGGAGGAGGAGGAUGCCAGCGACGGCGACGAUGACGACGACGAAGAAGAAGAUUCCAGUGAAUUGUCGAGCGUGCCGACUGAACUCUUCGCUAGCCGCGACGAAACACCCAGCGAAGCGUCGACUGUGCUGAUUGAGCUACGGGACAGCAGCGACGAGGACCUCGGUGAUGCGGAUGCAGAGGAUGAUGACUGCAGCCUAUACGAACCUGAUGGCACAGCUGCGGCUGCUGAACUCCAAGCCAUCAAUGAACAACAACGCGGUCAACAAGCUGUCUUGGACCUCAAGCACGAGUCGGAUUCGGACGAUGAUGACGAUAAACCACUCAUGAAGCAGCGCCUCUCUCAACGCAUCCAAAGCAUCAAUGGACAACACCGCGCUCAAACUGUCCUGGACCUCAAGCACGAGUCGGAUUCGGACGAUGAUAAGCCGCUCAAGAAGCUGCUGCGUCCCUACAGCCGCACAAAUGGCAGAGUUUCCACUGCGGGCGACGAUUCUGACGACAUGGGCAAGUUUGCGCCAUCCUCGCCUCUGUUUCAGGAUCUCGACUCCCAGAUCAAGCGCGAGCUUCUUCAGCAGUUCGCGACGCCCUUUUCCGACUCCGACUCCGAGGACAAGCCGAUGAUGAAACUUCGGUCUUCCGUUCUCGCCGCUAACCCCCCCAGCCCCAAGUCGUUGUGGUCCUCGGGCUCGGAUCGCAAACCCAACAACAACGCCCCGCCAGCGACCUCGAAGCGGAUGCUGCUGGACGAGGACCUCUGGGACGAAGACGGCGUAACGUUCGAACCGCCCGCCAAACGCGCCAGGAAAAACUUUUAG